CUCCUUGCCUUUGCCUGUAACCCUGCCUGUAAUAGAAACUAACUGCAGUAGGAGAGGAGAGGAAGCAAGCAAGUGCACAGGAGAAAAGAAGCCAGACUGGGCUUCCUCAGCCCACAGUGGAGAGCAUCGCAGAGCUCUGGAAACAUAGCUCACAGACACGGUGACUCUGGCACCAGCUAGUAGAGCGAGGGGUGAUGGCAUCCCUGAUACAGGACCAGCUGACUACUGAUCAGGAUCUGCUGCUGAUGCAAGAAGGCAUGCUGAUCCGCAAGGUGAGGUCCAAAAGCUGGAAGAAGCUAAGAUACUUCAGACUUCAGAAUGAUGGCAUGACAGUCUGGCAUUCACGGCAGGCCGGGGGCAGUGAGAAGCCCAGCUUCUCGGUCUCUGAUGUUGAGACAGUGCGGAAGGGCCAUGAUUCUGAGUUGCUGCGCAGUCUGGCAGAGGAGUUCCCACUGGAACAGGGCUUCACUGUUGUCUUCCAUGGUCGUCGCUCCAAUCUGGACUUGGUAGCUAACAGUGCUGAGGAUGCGCAAACUUGGAUGCGAGGACUCCAGCUGUUGGUGGACCUUGUUACCAGCAUGGACCAACAAGAGCGGCUAGACCAAUGGCUGAGUGACUGGUUCCAGCGUGGAGACAAAAACCAGGAUGGUCGGAUGAGUUUUGAAGAAAUUCAGCGGCUGUUGCACCUAAUGAAUGUGGAGAUGGACCAAGAAUAUGCUUUUAACCUUUUCCAGACAGCAGACAUCUCCCAGUCUGGGACUCUGGAAGGAGAAGAAUUUGUACAGUUCUAUAAGGCACUGACUAAGCGUAAUGAGGUACAGGAACUCUUUGAAAACUUUUCGGCUGAUGGGCAGAAGUUGACCCUCCUGGAAUUUGUGGAUUUCCUUCAGAUAGAGCAGAAAGAAAAAGGCUGUGCUCCUGAUCUUGCUUUGGAACUCAUUAACCGCUACGAGCCUUCAGAGAGUGGCAAACUACGGCAUGUGCUAAGCCUGGAUGGCUUCCUCAGCUACCUCUGUUCUAAGGAUGGAGACAUCUUCAACCCCACCUGUCUCCCCAUCUACCAGGAUAUGACUCAGCCUCUGAGUCACUACUUCAUUAACUCUUCUCACAACACCUACCUGGUGGGGGACCAGCUGUGUGGCCAGAGCAGCGUCGAGGGAUACAUACGGGCCCUGAAGCGGGGGUGCCGCUGUGUGGAGGUGGAUGUUUGGGAUGGACCUAAUGGGGAACCUGUUGUUUACCAUGGACACACCCUGACCUCCCGCAUCCCAUUCAAAGAUGUCGUGGCUGCAGUAGCACAGUAUGCAUUCCAGACAUCAGACUACCCACUCAUCCUGUCCCUGGAGAACCACUGCAGCUGGGAGCAACAGCAGAUGCUGGCACAGCACCUCACUGAGAUCCUGGGGGAGCAGUUGCUGGACGUCCCCUUGGAUGGGCUGCUGCCCACACAGCUGCCCUCACCCGAGCAACUUCGAGGGAAGAUCCUGCUGAAGGGGAAGAAGUUAGAAACGCUUGAGCAGGAUGCUGAGGAUGAUGAUGAAGAGGAGCCAGAGUGUGACCUGGAACUACAGCAGGGGUCAGAGCUGGAGCCCGAGCUGGAGCCUGAGCCACAGGAGGAGGAGCCAUUCCUUCGGAGUAAGGACAAAAAGAAGAAAUUCAAGCCCAUCCUGUGUCCAGCCCUCUCUGCCUUGGUUGUCUACUUGAAGUCUGUCCCAUUCCACUCCUUCUCUCACUCAAGGGACAACUACCACUUUUAUGAGACAUCGUCCUUCUCUGAAAACAAGGCCAGGAACCUUGUCAAGGAGGCUGGCAAUGAGUUCGUGCAGCACAAUACCUGGCAGUUGAGCCGAGUGUAUCCCAGCGGUCUGAGGACAGAUUCAUCCAACUACAAUCCUCAGGAGCUCUGGAAUGCAGGCUGCCAGAUGGUGGCUAUGAAUAUGCAGACUGCAGGGCUUGAAAUGGACAUCUGUGAUGGGCUCUUCCGCCAGAACGGUGUCUGUGGCUACGUGCUGAAGCCAGAUUUCCUGCGUGAUGUCCAGAGUUCCUUCCAUCCUGAAAGGCCUAUCAGUCCUUAUAAGGCUCAGAUCCUAUUAGUCCAGGUGAUCAGUGGUCAGCAACUCCCCAAGGUGAACAACACCAAAGAGAAGUGCAUCGUGGAUCCACUGGUGAAAGUGGAGAUCUUUGGCAUCCAUGCAGACACAGCCCGGCAAGAGACCAACUAUGUGGAGAACAAUGGCUUUAAUCCAUACUGGGGACAGACACUGUCCUUCCGAGUCCUGGUGCCUGAACUUGCUAUGCUCCGUUUUGUGGUAAAGGAUUAUGACUGGAAAUCCCGAAAUGACUUCAUUGGCCAGUUCACUCUGCCAUGGACCUGCAUGCAACAGGGUUACCGCCACAUACACCUGCUCUCCAGGGAUGGCACCAGCCUCCAUCCAGCUUCCAUCUUUGUGUACAUUUCCAUCCAGGAAGAAAUGGAGACUGAAUCCUGAGCUGAAUCCUGUCCAGGCAAAGAUGGACCCGUUUCCUCUAAAUGGUCUCCCUCUGCUGGACACAGUUUGGGAGAUGGAGACACAUAAAUCUUGAUGAAGUUUAUGGAAGCCAAUGAUAGCACUGAAAGCUUGAACUUUCAGUUACUGGCUAAUAGAAUCACCCUCCUCCCCUUUUAGUGGAAAGGAAUCUUGGGUUGUAAGUAAAUAAAUGUAUUCCCACUUGAGAAGGGAUAAGGAUCAGGAGAUAAGCUAUCAGUAAUAAUCCAGUCUAAAGUAAAUCAAACCUCAGAAAACAUUAGCCAGAGGCCCCUUAAGGUAAGAGCUUUGAGGUCCCUGGGACAGGGGUAGGUCUGAGAGGUAGAAGGUAAACUGCACUUUGGUGGCUCAGGUUCCCAGGGCCAGUGAGCUUUUAUUCAGUGAAGGUGAACACACUGAUCACUCAACUGUUCUAUUGAGAAGUCCACCUCAGUAAGCCAUUGUCAUACCUUACCCCUCAAAUCUAUCUCUUUUAUUUCCCACAGCUGCCUCAGUAAGGCAAAGAGGUAUGACUAGUGCCCAGGAAAAAGAUCUUCCCUUUAGGAAUUAGAG